CCAGACUCGGAUGAUGUUUUGGCAUCCGGUUUUACCACUUCAAACGGUUCGUUUUUGCUGAAGGGCCACGAAUGGGAAAUUUCCAAUAUUGACCCCGUCUUGAAGAUAUUCCACAAAUGUAACGAUAAAGGAAUUCCUUGUGAACGAAUCUGGCCAAUUGCUCUGCCAGCAAAGUACAUCACGUUUGGAAGCGAACAACCGAGCAAGAUAAUGGACAUUGGCAUUUUGAAUCUCGAAGUGGUUCUCUUUAGAGAGUCUCGAGAGUGUGUUGUUAAUAGGCAGCAGCAUUCCACUGACUACUGA